CGCCCACCGCCUCCUUCUUUCUCCGUCUCCGCCCUAUCACGGCUGACUUCGGUCUUUCAUCGUCACCGCCGUUGCCAUGGCUAACUCGUACUCACCUUCUUCCUCUCAAGAACCAGCAAACCCACAACCAUCGACCUCCUCCCGCCGCCUACCUCCUCCUUGCUGGUCCGACGAAGAGACCGUAGCACUAAUCGAUGCGUAUCGUGAUAAGUGGUAUUCUCUCCGUCGAGGCAACCUACGCGCCUCCCACUGGCAAGAAGUCGCCGAUAGCAUGGCGGCGCAGUGCCCGUUAAGCGACCCACCGAAAAGCUCGAUUCAGUGCCGUCACAAGAUGGAGAAGCUGAGAAAACGUUACCGUUCGGAGAUCCAACGCAUCGGCAACACUCCAAGGGGACACCGGUAUCCUUCUUCAUGGGUUCACUUUACACGAAUGGAUUCGAUGGAAUUAGGGUCCGAUCCAUCAGACGACCCGACCCAUCAAGACGAGGAGGAAGAAGAUGAGAAUCAAAACAAUUUGUUGCUAUAUCCUAAAGGAAUCAAACAAUCCAUCCGUAUCCCUCUCAAUCGACGGCAACAGGGCUCAAUUGGAAACGGAAAUCGAAAUGGGGUUCGGAUUAAAAUCCCAAAUAUUGCUGCCGUGCCACCACCAUCGUCCGUCUUAAACCUGUACAACAGUAAUCGAUCAUUGGAUGACUACCCACCACUUAUGAACCCAUAUUACGGGUCGGGUAAGGAUAGAAAUGUUGGGGUGAAGAGGAGGGUGGAGGAUGGCGAUAAUCCGAUGGAUGAAAUGGUGGCAGCCAUAGGGAAGUUAGGAGAUGGGAUAUUGAAGGUAGAGAGGAUGAAGAUGGAUAUGGCGAAGGAGCUUGAGUCAAUGCGAUUGAAAAUGGAGAUGAAAAGGACAGAAAUGAUCCUUGAAUCCCAGCAGAAGCUGGUGGAUUCAUUCUCAACAACAGUUAUGGAGAAGAAGAAGAAGAAGAUAAAGAGAAUUCCCACACCAGAAUCUUGAGCUUCAUGCUAUAAAUUUGGUUGUAGCUGAUGCUGAAGAACAGAGGUUUUGAGUAGAUUUUCUCCAUCUUCCAUGUAAUUUUCAGGGCGUUUUGGUCGUACAAAUUGAAAAUGGUAGAAUUGCAAUCCGUAAAACAAA